CCUCAAAUGAGCUGCCAUCAAAUAAUCAAGAAACAAAAAGACAAAAACUCUCACACAAAACUAUKGACCUAACAGCCCCUAACAACAAUGCAUCAUCCAAUUCMAUGACAAAGCUUAAARUAUUUGAAAGGGACUCUCAAUAUUUCACUAGAAAGGAUUCAAAGUCUGCAGAAUAUAGUAACACUAAUACAGAAGAUGACACAAGUGAUUGCAUAAUUAUGCAUGAUAMUAGAAUGGAAAAAAGUGAAGAAAAGACUAAUUUCAGCUGUUUUAGAAGGAAUACCAUGAGUGAUUCUAAAGAGAAAUCAUCUUCAAUUGCCAAGAACCCAAGAACUAAAACACAAUACACACCAUUGGAAUUACAGUUUAUUGAAAUCAAAGAGAAAUAUAAAGAUGCUGUGUUGUUUGUCGAGUGUGGUUAUAAGUACAAGUUUUUUGGAGAGGAUGCCGAGAUUGCAUCCAAAGAACUAAACAUUAUGUGCUUCAUGGAUCAUAACUUUAUGGUUGCAAGUAUUCCAACUCAUAGACUUCAUGUUCACGUCAAAAGACUAGUAAACAAAGGCUACAAGGUUGGUGUUGUCAAGCAGACAGAAACAGCUGCUCUCAAAGCUGCUAGCGACAACAAGAGCAAUGUAUUCAGUCGUCAACUCAGUGCUUUAUACACAAAGUCAACUCUGAUUGGUGAAGACAUGCAAGUAGCAAAUGAUAGUAGUGACAAUGAGCUGGAUAAUUGUGGUUCGUAUUUAAUGUGCUUGUGUCAGAGUGAAACAGAAGGUUCAYCAACAAAGGCGGCUAAUGAAGAGAUUAUGACUUUUAGUUUUGUGGCUGUCUGUCCAUUGACUGGUGAUGUCAUCUAUGAUGAAUUCAAUGACACUCCAAGAUGYAGUGAACUAGAGACAAGGCUACAACACAUUKGKAUCWCAGAACUGCUUAUUUCAGAUGCUCUCUCACAACACAUGAAGAGUUUUAUCAAAAUGUUUACAUCUCAAUCUAGAAGUCAAGARGACUCCAUUAGAGUUGAAGAACUGCCAUCAAAAUACUUCACUGAUGAAUCUGCAAAGCAAAUUAUUAAAGAUUGCACUAGUCAAGGUAGCAACACUGACAAUAGCACUGACAAAAAUGGUGAAAGUACAAGUAAAGAUUCUGUUCAAGACACAAUUGUACACAAAAUCUCCAGUCUACCAACAAGUACAAGGGUGUGCUAUGCUGUACUGUUUAGAUACUUGAAGGAUUUUAAGUUAGAAAGAGUACUGGGUCUCUCAAGCAACAUUGUGCGUUUCACCAGUACAAAGGAAUACAUGAAACUCGAUGGAUGUACUGUGAAGAAUCUUGAACUGUUUAAAAACGAGGCUUCGCGCAGUAGAGAGAUUGAAUCGCGUCUAGAGGGGGUAUCUGGGAUUCUUUUGUCUGAGGCUUCUUGUCUUCGUAAGUUGAAGUCUAUCCUAGUACGUCUGCCAGAUUUAGAGCGAGGGCUGUGCAGCAUAUACUCUAAAAAGUGCUCUACCACCGAAUUUCUAACCAUUCUCAAGUCUUUGAUCAACGUGUACGAGAUCGUCAGCGCAUCACAACUUGAGGCUUCCAAGGAACUYACAUCUCCAAUGCUAUCMMAAAUAUUCACUGAGGUUCCACGUCUUUUGAAAGGAGCAGAUAAGUUUAUGAAUAUGAUAGAUCAAGAAGCUGCAAGAACGGGAGAUAAAACMAAGCUUUUCAGAGAUGAAACUCAAUUUCCAGAUAUUGAAAAAUGUACAAAGGAAAUGAAAAGAAUCGUGGGAGAACUGAAAUCCCAUCGAACUUACAUCCGAAAGACCUUGCAACAUCCAUCAUUAGAUUACUGCACUGUUGCCGGGAAUGAGUUUCUAAUCGAAGUCCGUAAUGCUAAGCUGGGUUGUGUUCCUUCAGACUGGAUCAAGAUUAGCGCGACCAAACAAGUGUGUCGUUUUCGRACGCCGUUCGUCGAAGAGCAGUACAAGUUGCUAUGCCAACAAAGAGAAAUGAUGUCACAAGUAUGUAACCAAGCCUGGCUGGAUUACUUAGACAUGGUCAAUCAACGAUACCCCCUCUACAUCAAGGCUGUGCAAAUUAUUGCUGUUGUCGAUUGUUUGUUUUCCUUGGCAACUGUUGCUAAGCAACCUGGAUAUGUACGGCCCGUGUUACAGGACUUGGAAACAGCUGAGCUACAGAUCAUUCAAGGUAGACACCCCAUACUAGAUGCACUGCUGUCAGAGAGUGAGCAGUAUGUUCCAAACGACACUAAGUUACAGGGCAAUGGUAAUCGUUGUAUGGUGAUAACAGGACCUAAUAUGGGUGGUAAAAGCUGUUACAUCAAGCAGGUUGCUCUCAUCGCUAUCAUGGCCCAGAUUGGGUCGUUUGUGCCAGCAACCCAGGUCAAACUGAAGCCACUAGAUGCUAUCUAUACAAGGAUGGGAGCGUCAGAUAAUAUCUACAAAGGACGAAGUACAUUUAUGGUUGAAUUACAAGAGGCAGCGUUUAUUCUUGACCAGGCCACUUCUCGAUCCCUGGUUAUUUUGGAUGAAUUAGGACGGGGUACUAGUACCCAUGAUGGGAUCGCUGUGGCGUACGCAACUCUUCGUCACAUCGUUGAAAAGAUUGGUAGUCUGACACUAUUUGUAACACACUACCCCAACAUCGCUGAGGUCCAGAAGAUAUAUCCAGACCACGUGACUAACAAUCACAUGGCAUUUAUGACGUCAUCAGAUAGUGAUCACCAGUCUCCAGAAAAGGAUGCUCCRCUUUYGGAGAACAAUGGAAAAUGUCUUCCAUCAGUAACGUUUUUGUAUCGSCUUGUCGAGGGUGUUGCAGAAAGAAGUUAUGGGCUUAAUGUUGCUCGACUUGCGGGAAUCCCGAGGGAUAUUCUUGAAGUUGCCUCGCAUAAAUCAAGGGAAUUGGAGAAUGAAAUUGUAUCUAGAAGACUUUCUAGAAAGAAAUUUGAACGGAUUUGGAGCGCGACUUAUGCUAACGAAAUCCAAGAAGUUUGCAAUGUGGAGUAACUUUAUAUUUGCAGAUAGGUAUAUUAUGAAUAUAUUACCUACUAAACGUUGUUUACUUGAAACAACAAUAAAAGUAAGCAAGAGAUAUACUGAAUGCAUAUGAUAUCGGAAUGGUUCACUGGUUGAUAUAAGGUAUAUCUUCAAUAAUAAAGCAUGUUUGAUAGGAAUAUUUGUUUGUUGGUUGGAUGUGUGUUCCUUCACAGUAAUCAAAUGAUGUACGGUUUAAAAAGCAAUUCAAAUCUUUGUAUCCAAUAAAAC